AUGACAGCAAAUGGUAUUGAUCUAUUUCAUUUUCAAUCAAAAUCUGAAUUUGGUAUUGUUAAUCAUUGGUUAAGUCGAACACAUCGAUUAACAUUCAAUGAACAAGACAAUCAUUUAAUAAUUCGUCCGCAUACACAACAACCACCAGCUACUGAUAGUAAAUAUUCGUAUGGACACGGUUGGAUAAUUGAAAAAAUUGAUGAUAAUAGUAAUCAAUCAUGCCGUUUCAAACAUUUAUACUAUCAUUCAAUUGAUAUUGAUGAACAACAACAUCUUCCAAUAUUAUCAAAAAUUGAAUUGAACAAACAAUCACAAUACUUUAUAAUUGAAAGGAGCAAACACCCACGCUACCUUGGAUUUGUUCGUAUUCGUAAUGUGGCCAAUAAUCUUUAUCUAUCAGUACAGAAACCAUCAGAUGUUGUAGCUGCAGUUGAUUGUAAUCUACAGACAUACAAUGUCACUUUACGUGAAGGAAAUUAUGAACAUGACGAAACACAGUAUUGGAAAAUACGUGAUUUAAAUCUUGUAAAUCAACCAUUCUUGGUCUAUCAAGACGGUGUCGAUCCCGAAGUUCAAUACGGUGUCGCAAUACUGAAAAAAAUCUUUCCACAAAUGCAACUAUUACUCGAUCCAUUAAUAUUUCAUAGUAGCAGUCAGAAUGUUGAUGGUUGGCGUAAGAAUGGAAUGAAAAUUAUGUCAAAAUCUUAUCCAUUAUCAGAAAUUAUUUUACUAUCACAUUGUAGUGUUGCCGGUCAAAUCAGUAACACGCGUACAAUGGAUAUGAUUACAGUAUUAAAAUCAUUGGGUGCAUCAAAAGUAACAGUAUGGUCAUGUUUUGCAGAUAAGAAUAAUACAGUGGAUGAUGAAGACGUAUGGGCUGCAAAUGAUUGGGUUAAUCCAUUUGCAUGGGGACAAGAUGAAAUCGGUUUAAUUAUGAGUCCAAUUGGUUUCCAGGAAGCAAGUCAAAUGACACCAGCUGGGCGUCUCUAUGGUGCUAUCAUGCAUUUAGCAUUUGAGGUAAGUUAUCGGAUGAAUCCUGAGGUACAUGAACAUGUCUCACCUAUUAAUCAUCCAGAUGUAUGGAUAGAGGCCUUGAGAACGUAUUGUAAUGAAAAAAUAUUUAAACCAGUAAAAUUAAUGUUAGAACAAUCGAAAGGUCAUCUACGAUUUCCAUUGACAUCAGAUAUUUAUUUGGUUAAAUAUGAUCCAACACAAAUGGAAUGGAUUCGUUUGGAUGUAUGGAAAGUUAUACGUGAACUGAAUAUUUGA